CAGAACCGUCGGAUCUGGUCUUCGUUAUGUUUUUCAGUGUCGGGUGGAGCCUACAUCCUGUCGCAUCUCUGCGGGGAAGGUGGAGGACUUUUUUUUUUUAGUUUCUCACUGACUGUUUGUUGCUGCCGAGACAUCGAAAAUACUCUAUAAAGAUGACGACGACCACCACUUUCCAAGGAAUGAGCCCUGGCUCUAAAAGCAGUUCCAGGGUGCUACGGCCGCCAGGAGGGGAAACCAGCUUCUCUUUCGGCACGGAUGAAAACACGACCCCCCAGCGAAAGAGCAAGAUGGCCUCCAGCAUCUUUGCAGAACCUGAUGACCCCCAUGCUCAUCGGAGGAACAAUCCACCCAGUGGGGCACCCACAGGAACCCUGUGCGGGGAGCCCUCUGCCCCACUUAGGCGGUGCCAGCAGCCUCUUCUCUUCCCCAAGAACCCUCAACCAGAACUGACCACCAUCCACAACUCUGGGGCAGCCUUGGUGUGGAGCCAGAGACAAGAGGUUCCAAAUGGAGAACAGGAAAAUGAUGUAGAGUGUGCUGAAGAUGUGGAGCAGCAGGACCCAGAGCAGCAGCAGAAGGAGGUGCCACAGCCCUCCGACCCAUCGGGAGGUGCCAAUGCUGCCGCAGGUGGCCGAAGAAACCCACCUGGUGGCAAGUCCAGCCUCAUCCUGGGUUGAGACCACUUUUUUUUUUUUUCAUUCGAACGCUCUUUUUUAUUUUUUAAAGAUAAAUGCCCCCAACCACUCUUCCUCCUCAUCGAACUGUCACCUCCUUCCCUCCUUCACCUUCUUCACAUGCACUCAUACUGUCACGUCCAUGGACCCCCGUGUCCUCUCCCUCCACCCUCAAACCUUUUGUUUUGAUCCUUUUUUCUAUUAAAAGAAGAAAACUGUUGACAAAAGCACUUUAUGUAUCUCUUCCCCUCCCUCCCUGUCCAUUUCAGCCCAUCCUGUAGUGCAUCGCGCCUGCUGGAAAAGGCAUGACGUAUAGCUUGUCCCUCAUUCUUCCCUGUUGUAAAUGGUAAAGGAAAAAAAUACUAAAAAAGAUUUGAUGCGUGGAUUUCUAAAUACAAUAAAGAUUGAUAUGAAUUUCC